AUCUGCAGGGUUUAGACGCGAAUCUCAUGCUCCAAGGUAUCAGAUAUGACUCCCUACAUCUUGCUUCUUCUGGCAACAUGCUGCUACUCCCGUUUAGUGCUUCAGGGCGCUGCGGCUAACCCACUCCUAUUCGACCUCGAGGAAAAGAUUCAGGCGUUUGUGGACGCACUUUCGGUGAAGCACGGCGUCAAGGUGUCCUGGUGGGACGUAUACGGGAACAACUCGGAACUCAAGUGGUUCAACGUUAGAACGUAUCCGAACAAGAUACUCGUCCGAGCCAGUGCCAUCAAGUAUGGCGAGGUGAAGAUAAAUUCCCUCCAACCAAAGGUGAUCUACACAAACUGGGCCCACAACGAACAGCCCAACACCUCAACGACAACCACGGUGAAGAGAUCCACGAUGCACAACACGACCCACAUGCAGAGCACUGAGAGGGCGUUCAGUUGCGGCUUUAAGUUGUCCGUCGACGCCAAACUCCCCGCAUCUGCGGGCAUCACCGCCAACGUAUUCACAAAUUUCAACCUGAGAAACCUCAACAGCGAAUCUCACACCGAGACCGAGAAGUACUCCGUCAAGCAGGUUGUCACUGUGCCUCCGAUGAGGUCCGUGAAGAUCGAGUGGCUGAUCACCGAUGUUUCCAGGGAAAUCCCCUGGACGGCCGACAUCAAAGUGACCGGAUCUUUCGGGGUUCGAUUCGAGAGGCGAGUCAAUGGCGAGUUCCUGUGGUACUACCCCGUGACCAGACUGCGGGAUCCGCUCUUUAAGCGCGUAGGACCGAAGGUGAUGCAAUUCACCGCCAACGGAACCUUCGCCAGCGUCUACGGCGUCGACGCUCACCUCAGAGUGUCCGAAUACGAGCUGAUGGACAAGAACGGCGAACCCUUGGUAAUCACCAACCGAACACUACCUCUGAAUGCACGCCAAGGAAACGCCGCUGCACCCCAAUAAAUUGUUUUAUUUUUGAGAUGUCGACGAUGGUUAUCUUUUGAGUCAUGGACAAGUUAAUAAACGCAUGGCGUGGUUUUUACAGCGAAA